UGAACAUCCACAAUACAGAUUGAAUAGAGCACUUACUCUUUGUUUGAACUCAUAGAAAAACAUUGAAAACAUCCAGGAAUGGCAGUCAAACAUAGUGAUGAAGAGGAUCGAGGAGCAGUUUCAAAUGGAGAUGCAGGUCUACACACAGGAUGAGAUCUUCUUUGAAACGUUGAAUCCAGAGGAGGAAACCCCAGACUGCUCCGGUUACGACACCAGGAGCAAAUACCCUGAGCUGCUCAAGGCAUACUAUGAGAUCGUGGUGCAGCGACUGGCGGACCAGGUGCCCAUGCUGAUCCGUUACUUCAUCCUGAAGGAGUCAGCCAGGAUCCUUUGCAGUAAAAUGUUGGGCCUGCUGAACAGCGAUGACUUGGACGAGAUGCUGACGGAGGAAUCAGAGAUUGGCCGAAGAAGAUCAGCCUUACGGUCCCGUGUGGAGCGUCUUGGACUGGCCAAUGACAAGAUCAGUAGCCUAUGAGAACAGAGUGGGUUUUUGACAAUGCCAAAAAUCUGAGAUUUUGUCACAAAAUAUUAGUUUAAGUAUAAUCUGAUUCAAUUUUACACAAAAAUGUUUUGAUGUCAUUCCUAUUUUACAAAUGGUCUACAGACAGGCAAAAUACACUGUUUUAUUUGAAGAGGCAGUAAUGGCCUAAUGCAAUGUCUUUAAAUAAUAAUAAUGAUGAUGAUGAUGAUGACGACAAAGCUAUAUCUUGUCUAUUCCUAUUCAACAGAAAUGUGAGUAAAAUGAUUCCCUAGUCUCAAAAUGUUUCCAGAUCAAAAACUCAUGAAUUGUGAAUAAUAACCUCAUUAAAAAAGGUAGGGGCAGCUUCA